AUGAAUGUCACAGCCCUGAUGCAGGACCUCAAUAAUGUGACUGAAUUUGUCUUCCUUGGCCUCACCCAAAAUGAAGAGAUGCAGAAAAUAUGUUUUGUAGUGUUUCUGCUUUUUUAUUUGGCCAAUGUGAUGGGAAACCUUCUGAUAGUUGUCACUAUCAUCUUCAGCUCCUGCUUGAAUGCCCCUAUGUAUUUCUUCCUCAGUUACUUGUCGUUUGUAGACAUCUGCUACUCCUCUGUCACAGCUCCCAAAAUGAUUGCAGACUUCCUCGUUGAAAAGAAAAGGAUUUCAUUCAUUGGCUGCAUAACACAGCUCUUUGGGGUCCAUUUCUUUGGCUGCACAGAGAUCUUCAUCCUCACAGUGAUGGCGUAUGAUCGGUACAUUGCGAUCUGUAAACCACUUCACUAUACCACCAUUAUUACAAAGCGGGUUUGCGGGCAGAUGGUGGCAGCCUCCUGGCUUGGAGGGUUUAUGCAUUCCUUAGUACAGACUCUUAUGACCAUCCGGCUUCCAUUUUGUGGUCCCAAUGAAAUCGACCAUUAUUUCUGUGAUGUUCACCCUUUACUGCAACUGGCUUGCACCAAUACCUACAUCGUGGGCAUCAUAGUGGUUGCCAACAGUGGGAUGAUUGCACUGAGCUGUUUCCUCAUCUUGGUCAUGUCAUAUAUUGUCAUCUUGGUCUCCCUGAGAUCUCGGUCCUCUGAAGGACGCCGCAAAGCUCUUUCUACCUGUGCCUCCCAUGUCAUGGUAGUCAUUUUGUUUUUUGGGCCAUGCACUUUUACAUACAUACGUCCUUCCAGCAACUUCUCAGAAGACAAGACCGUGGCUCUGUUUUACACUAUUAUCACCCCGAUGCUGAAUCCACUGAUCUACACCCUAAGAAACGAGGAGGUGAAAAAUGCAAUGAGAAAAUUAUGGAUCAGGAAAGUGUCUUCACAUGAGAAAACAAAAAUACAAACACAGUGGGAGUAG